AUGGUGCGCGGUGUCAGCAGAGGUGGUCGUGGAAUGCCCGGCAGAGGUGGUAUGGGGCGACCACCCUUCAGACCACGAGUAUUAAUGCUGAGACCACCUUUCGAUCUGAUACUGGCUGAGCCGGCAUUUCCUAGAUGCAAACCAGCACCAGACGACACUGCAUUGACUCAGGCACUUCUUAAAAGGCAUUCUGAAUUAUGCCCUACACCAUCAGAACAAGCUGCCGUGUUGGCUCUGGUCACAAAGCUACAGACAGUGCUAGAUAAUCUAGUUGUUGCUCCGGGUGAUUUUGCAGCUUGUCAAUUAGAAGAAGUUCGACAAGUUGGCUCGUACAAGAAAGGCACAAUGAUGGCAGGAAAGAAUGUAGCAGAUAUUGUUGUUAUUAUGAAAACUUUACCCACAAAAGAGGCUGUUGAGGGACUGUCUAACAAGGUGAAUGAGGAGGUAAACAAGUUAACCCGGGCGGAGGGCACCGGGACAGUAACUUCGACGUGCAACGAGCGUGGCUUCACCGUGACCGCGCCACAAGCUGCAGUGCGGGUGCUAGUGACCACACUGCACCAGAACCUCAGGAAGUUGGAGCCCGAGGUGCAUUUGGACUACAAAAUCAUCAGUAGCCACUUGGCAGCAAUCCGUCACAGCAGAUGGUUCGAGGAGAACGCGCAUCACUCUUCAAUUAAGGUACUAAUCCGUCUGCUUCGAGACAUGUGCUCUCGGCACGCGGGACUAGAACCGCUGACACCUUGGAUGAUAGACCUGCUGGCUCACCACUGCAUCAUGAACAACCCAGCGAGGCAGGCGCUGCCCAUCAAUGUGGCUUUCAGGCGCGCGCUGUCGCUGGUGGCGGGCGGGCUGUUCCUGCCGGGCUGCGCGGGGCUGCCCGACCCCUGCGAGGGGGCCCACGCCCGAGCCCAUACUGCGCUAGACCUCGCCGCACAGGACCACGCCGCGGCCACGGCACAGACAUUACUUCGUGUAGUAGCCCGAGGUGGUCACCGUUACGUGCUCGGGCUUCAGCCUUUUGAAGGCGGUAAAGACAUCUCCACUGAGAUCACUGUGUGGGACGGAGUGGUCGUGUCACCCCUGGCACCCGCUUACCAGGAGACUCCGGAGCCCAUGGACACUGACGAUAAGGACGAUGACAGCGUGCAGGACGUUGUUGCCGCUUAA